AUAUUCAUUAUAUAAAACUAAAAAAAACAAAAAUGCUACAAAGACUUGAAGAAUCUGAAUUUGAUGAUGAAUAUAAGGGAUUUAUUCCUUCAUAAGGAGAAAUAGUUUACAUAGGCGCCAAAAAUAGGGAAUGUGGUUAUUAUUUGACAGGUAUAAAUUAAUGCAGAAGAAGAAUGAUUAAAGAAGCCGGAAGUAAUGAUAGUGAUAAUUAUGCUAUGGCUUUUUUACCAUGCAAAAGAUUAGUUGAUGCCCAUUAUAGAUGCAUGACUAAUUACAGUCAUGGAAACACACUCGAAGAAGUACCUGAAGUAGCCUAAUAAAGCGCAUAAAAAUUUUUAAAUUGUACUUUUAACUAACUUAAUAGUAUGCUUUAAUGUAGAAGAGAUUUCGAUUCUAUAGUAAGAGAUAUCUACAGAGCUGGGAAUCAUAAUCUUAAUUUCAAAUGAAGAAAAUAUAUAAGCAAAAGAAUCUAAUAAAAAAAUAAUAGAAAUAUAUUAUUUUUUUAGAAAAAAAAAAUGUUAUAUUAUUUUUUUAUUUAUUUUUUAGAUCAAAAGUUAAUGUUUUUUUUAAAAUAAAGCAAAUAAUUAUUUUAAAUAGAUGAAAAAAAAUUUUGUUUUGAUUAUAAAUAUUUUAUAAUAAA